CUAAAAAAAAUUCAAAAUACGGUUCUUUAAAAAUUGUUCGUGUACAUAGUUUGAAAUAUGUUCCGGGGGGCAUAUAAGGUUUUAUCAUUUUUACAGUCAAGACAUGUCUUGGUUAAAAGCAGCUAUAUUAAGAGACGGCCUUUCAGUGAUCUUUUUGAUAAAGGGGGCAAAGGCAGUGGCGGUAUCGAACCUUACCAUGUAAAACUAUUACAAGUAAACAAAGGAAAAGAGGCACAGAUCCUGGAAUUAACCGCGCAAAUCGAGUCCCUUGAGAUGCAAAUUAAAGCCCUUGAAAAAACCAAGUCAGCUGAGGCACAAGCUGCGAAAGGAGAACUUAUGGUAGUCCUUAAAGAGCUAAAAGGUGCCCUCCGGAAGUUAAGAAUGAAUAAAUAAUAAUACAUAUGU